CAAACAUGUCAUCCGAAAAGUCUAACCUUCAAGGAGAGCAUGUCGCACGGGUUGUCUGGGCAGCGCAUAUUCUCGCAUAUCUUAAUAAAGGAAGAAGCCAUGCGCAGGUCGAGAAGGACGAAGAUGACGUUGCCAGUGAUGCAGACAGUGAGAUUGAGACUGAAGUGGCAGUUGACGACGAGACGGACACUGCCACAGCAAUAGCCGUAGCUCUAUCUGCGUCGAGAGAGUCUGUUUUGCGGAAGUUUCUGGACUGCGUUUGCCAGCUGCUGUCGCCGUCCAAGGGGUGGGAAGGGGUUACUGCAGCUUCAAUGCGCGAAAGCAGCGGCAGUGUUUUUGUGGAAGUUGCACGAAAUGAUGGAUUCGGUUCGGAUUGCGGUAUCUUUGAUCCUGCAACACUCGAGUAUUGCCGGAUGCUGGAAGAGUAUUUGACCUCUUGUGUCAGUACUGAAGAGCCAACUAUCACAACAAAAUCCUUGACGGAAUUUGAGGCCGCUUCGAUCAACUACACCGCUAGUCGAGUUGACUACUGGAUUUCUGCCUGUCGAAGAACAUACGCAAAUCGUCAUAUUGACACGGAUUGGAAUCCGCAGACAUGGCCUGGACUACCUUCCGCGCCAAAGACGACACUGCAAAAGGAACACGUGGUUGAUAUUGCCACAGCUUGGGAGCUACUGGAUCUUGGGAUUGCAACCGAACCAGUCAUCGAGUUGCUUAAUCCCUAUAGACAUGUGUUCAAACAGGCCUGUGCCAAGUCUCUCUCAUUGCAUGCUGAGAUGCAGCUCAUAUGUUAUCAAGAAGAGUGCCGUGGACCACGGAGAAUGUUGCAAUACUUUGGGUGUAGCAAGAAGUCAUGUCUUCUAUGUGAAACGUUCCUGGCUGCGAUGCACAAUCCGAUUGAGACCCGGGGUAGGCAUUGCGUGUGUUAUCCGGCCUGGGGAGUUCCGUGCUUAAUCUCAGAUGCUGUAUAUCUCGCUGCCACCGAAUUAGGAAACAACCUUGUGAACCGCAUCAGAGGUUCAUUCAACAGAAUAAUCCGACCGGGGGGGACAGCGGCCUUACCAGACGUCAUGCAAUCGGACUUUGUGUCGGACUUCUCGAAACUUACGUUGGAAGAGUGGCGACAGAGGCAGAGAAUGGUAGACUUAGCUCAGGCGGAACAAAGCACGAACUGGACAAAACUGCAACUUAUUGAGGGCAAGGGUAAAGGCUUACACACCAGGACUCGCCCACACCCAAACUUUGAGCCUGAUGACUGUUGCCUGAUGUGUAAUACAACGCCAGCCCGGCCAUGCGGGCGCUGUCGCAGCAUACAUUAUUGUUCAAAGGAUUGCCAAGAGAGCGAUUCUUCUUCCCACAAUUUGCUUUGCAAGAAGUUUGCUACCCUACCUGAACGUCCAUCACCAGAGCACAAGCGAGCCAUUCUCUUCCCAGUGGACAAAACAGAGCCUGAUCUGAUUUGGGUCCCUACAGAGCGCCGAUACGAUGAAGAGUGCAGGGUGUGGUGGACAAAGGCGCUGGAAGAUUGCAUGUCGUACACAACGAGCAUACUGGCUUCCGUAAGGGCCUCCGGCGCCGCGAGUCCUCCCCAUGCAUACAAUGGCCCGAUGGUUGCAAUGCGGGAGGUCCACCCAGAAAGUUAUGCCGAUAUACAACUCUCUGAUUUUCGGCAUCCGAUGGACUACCUAAUAACGUAUGCAAGCACGGAUGUCAGGGAAUCCGUUCCGGAUCUGCAGUAUCGGGCUCCCACGGUUGUUCGGGGCGUGAAGAUCUGCUGCGAUGGGGAGAUAAAGCUUCACGGAUCGGAGCCGUUCGUUUCAAUCGACUUGAAACGCUCAACCAGGCAUCUCCUUUCUGUUACCCAGGGUAAUUCUCAUUCGUCGAUUUCCGCUCUCCUCGGCAUACCGCUCAUCUUCUGGAAAGACCCAGACGCUGAAUUUCAUGUUAACCCGCCUGGCUGGGAUGCAACACAGUGGGCAAGCAGCAGUCAGAAUGCGGCAUUCAUGAUGAUGAGAACCAACCCUUCUGAUCCUUCAUGGGGAUGGGCUCCUCUGUAUUGGAACCACGAUAUUGGAAAUGUGUGGAUUGUCCGUGAAGACGGGCAGGAUCUGGAUGUGCGUGAAGUAGCGAUGAUGUGCCACUUCGCCAGAUUCAAGCUUCAACGAAUGUUUGAAGAUGCGAUGGAAUUAGAAGUCUCCACAAUUGAGGAUAGAGAGCGCGUUUUGAAAUAUAUUACGCGCGAAAACAUGCGAGCGUUUUGGGAGGAGACUGGUGGUGAUGAGGCGGACAGAAGCCAUGAUGAUGUGAGCGAUUGAUCUGUUACUGCUUGGAUCUCAGUUCUUACAGGGUUUUGA